CAUUCACUAGACUCCCGUACACCCACGCGCACCCUGUAGAGUCCGUCAGCAACCGCUAUAAAAAUCUGCACUAGGAGCUUGGCGCGGAACUUUCCGAUCUCAUAGUCAGUCGGGAAUUUUGUUUCUAUAAAAGGAAGUUACCAAAAAAAUAAUUUUUAAAACAAUGGCACGUCAAUUUUCAUUAAUCGUUAUCUUUGGAAUUCUUACUAUGUCAAUAUUCAGCCCUCAAACAACGGUCGGUGCACGAUAUCUACCGACAAGAGGGAACGAAGACCGUUUGACUAGAUUGAAAGAAAUGUUAACAGACUUACUGGAAUCAGGAGCACAGCCCAACUACGAAUUGGAGAGAGUCUACGCCGAUCAUCGAGAACCUGUUGGUGACUACAGUAGAUUAAGUAUACCGAGAGAAUACAAUGUUCCAGACAAAGCAUUGUUAGAACUUUUUAAUCCAGUAGUACCACGUCACCAAAGGCCAAGAUCUUAAAACUAAACGGAACGUGAUUUAAAAAAAAAAUGAUUACACAAAAAAUAUUAACUAUAUGUUGUAUAAUAAAUACAUUUAAACUUUCUUUUAAGUUUUUACUGUUUUCAACGAAAGUAAUAAUUUAAAUGUUAGUAAUAACAACUGCGAAACAUAAUUAAUUAGUGUAGUCUAUAGGAUUUAUUCGGUAAAAUUUUAUUUAUUUAUUUUUCAUUUCUUUAUGUGUUAACUAACUAUUAAGUAUUACACCUUGUUACCUACAUGAUUCUUACAACAAACGUUUACGUUGUAGAGAU